UGCACCGCCCACCCUUCUGCGGCCGCCAGCCGGGCGGCCCCCACGCUCGCUAGCUCCCUCCCCGCGAGGGUCGCGUUGCGCCUGCGCUUGGGCGGGGGGCGCCGUCGCCCCCGGCCUUUCCCUAGAGUUCCUCUUUUCCUCCCCCCACUGCGGCUCCUCGGUCGGCGCUUGCGCAGAGAAGUGGGCGCUGAGGUGGCCGUGUGGUCGGGAGGGGCAGGUGGGCGGAGUGGGACCCCGGGCCGAGGACCUCCGCCGCCUGACCUCGGGAGAGGAACUGAAUUAAGCCCCCUGGAAGGAUUGUCCAAAGCCUCAGGGAAAAUGGUGGAAAAUUCACCGUCGCCAUUGCCAGAAAGAGCGAUUUAUGGCUUUGUUCUUUUCUUAAGCUCCCAGUUUGGCUUCAUACUUUAUCUUAUGUGGGCUUUUAUUCCUGAAUCUUGGCUAAACUCCUUAGGCUUAACCUAUUGGCCUCAAAAAUAUUGGGCAGUCGCACUACCUGUAUACCUCCUUAUUACUAUAGGAAUUGGUUAUGUACUCUUAUUUGGAAUUAACAUGAUGAGUACUUCUCCACUCAACUCCGUUCAUACAAUCACAGAUAACUAUGCUAAAAAUCAACAGCAGAAGAAAUACCAAGCAGAGGCCAUCCCAGCAUUAAGAGAUAUUUCUAUUAGUGAAGUAAACCAAAUGUUCUUUCUUGCAACCAAAGAACUUUACAACAAAAACUGAGUUGCAUGUAAAGAUGCUAAUAUUAAGCAUGUUUUUUGACAGAAUAAUUUUGACCAUAAUUAUUUAUUUUUUCUUAUUAUUGCUCAAUAUUGAAAUGUAAAAAAAUAAAAGUUAUUCUUCUCUUAAGUAAAUUUUAAUUAACAUUGUUUUCAAAUAUUUAUUAUUAAUAGAAUAAAUAAAGUACUGCAUUACCGUUUAGCAGAUUUAAAAAAAAAAAAACCAACCAUGUUGAUAUAAUCCUUCAGAGAAGCAUUGAUGCUGUAAUUUUCAAAGGUCAAUUGUGUCUUUCCUCCUGUUUGUCCUGAGGGGCCCAGAAUGCAAACUCCUGGAUUUGAGUGAAGGGUACAUUUAAAAUUUGUGCCAUCAGAUGCAUGUCUGUAACAUAAAUAUGUAUUGAGUGCU